AUGAAGAAAACCUUUAUAACUUUCAUUCUAUUGAUCGUUGUAGCCAUUUCUUCGAAAUUAGAAGCAUCAGAGCUCCGAACUCGAGGGCUGACUUACAAUGAAGCAUAUAAUAUAGAUGUUUCUCGCUUGAGUUGCCAUGCUAAUUUCGAUUUCAUCAUUGCUGAAUUAGAGAGAUGGAUAGAUAUUAUUGAUAAUCGAGAAUAAUUGAUAAAAGAUUUAGCGAUAAUCAAUACAAUCAUAAAUAUAGUUGAGAAAGCGAAAGGGACAAUGUCUGUAAUUCAUUAAACUAUGUUGGUGGAAAUAAAAUAAAAAAUUGAAUAGUCUCUUUAGAAUAUUUUUAUUCAAAAUAAGUGGGCGGCCUGCAGAGUUGAAGAUGCUCUUGAAUAUGUUGGCUAAUUGAAUGCUACAUAAACAAAUGAGGAGAAAAUAUAAUUGGCAAAUUAAAUUAUUGCUCAUUUGAGAUAGACUUAGGAGCAAAUAUAUCAAUAUUUGAAUCAGUGUUAAUACGUUCAGAGAACUGUAAAUUUGAGAUAAAAAGUUACAUAACUUAAAACGUUAAGGAGAUUCUGCUAAUAGGACAUCAAAAAGGUAAGAAGAAUUUUUGAAGAUGAACCUGAUUCGGAAGAGGACAUUAUUUACUAUGAUGAAAUGCCAGGAGAAACAAUAUAUUAUUAUUUUGAAGAAGAGGAUUUAGAAUCAUUAAUUGAUGACAUUGAUCAUGAAACAUAUCAUUUGAUUCGGGAAAAAUAAAAGGAUCAACUAAAUAAGGAUGUGUCUAAUGAUAUAAAAUAGGAAACUAAAGGAAACAAAAGAUAUAUAGCUUUGGGGCAUGAGAUUGAUGGAAAAGUUAAGAAUUCUGAUGAGGAUAACUUGAAUAAUCAUGAAAAUUAAAAUUCCGAGUCUUAAAAAACCGAAACUGAAACUGAAAAUGUCGUAUAAGCAGUAAAAGUUUUCAAAGUCGAAGAUUUAGAUAAUUAAGAAUAUCAUUCGUCCGAUGACAUUAUUUCAAAUGAUAAUAAUAAUUAAGGAGAAGGAGAAACCUAAGUUGAAGAAAAAUUUAAUUCAAUUUAAUCCUCAAAAGUGUAGAGAACCUUUGAAAAUAGUAAUAAGCCACUAGAAGUAAAAAAUCAAUCAGAAGAAGAGGAAAUUCAUGUUGAAGAAAAUUUUAACUCAGUUUAAUCUACAAAGGUCUAGAGAAACUCUGAUAGUAGUGAUAAGCCAUUAUAAAAUCAAUCAGACGAUGGAGAUAUUCAGGUUGAAGAAAACGUUAAUUCAAUAUAAUCUACAAAAGUCUAGAGAACAUCUGAUAGUAGUGAUAAGCCAUUAGAAGAAGAAACUCAAGUUGAAGAAAAAGUUGAUACAAUUUAAUCUACAAAAGUUUAGAGAAACUCUGACAGUAGUCAAGAGGGAGAGACUGAGGUUGAAGAAAAGUUUGAUUCCAUUUAAUCUACAAAAGUGUAGAAAACUUCUGAAAGUAGUAAAAAGCAAUAAGAAGUAGAAACAGAACCAGAAGACCCUAAGAAGUUAAGAUAAUAAUAAAUUGAGGAUGAGAGAUCAUUCAAAAUAUAAUCAUUAAGAGAAGACAUUGAUGUAAAUGAACCAACUGCCUUUCAACCACCAAAACAUAAAGCUAAUAUAGGGAGGGUUUAAGAAAGAAAAAUUGUUGCGGUAAAUACAAAAUAUUAGGAUUCUUAAUUCGAUGGAGAAGCUACGGAAUAGUUUGAAUUUAAUGAUAGAGCAUUAUUAUAGGAUUCAUCUGAAUAUGGUUUUGGAUAUUGGGUGAGAUAUUGCGAGCAUGGCACUAAGGAGCAUGCUAGAGAAGAGGGAGAGUAUUAUUUCCUUUCAAGAAUGACUAUUAAUGAGGAAUUUGAUGAUUUUUCAUUUUAUGGGGAUAGAGCCUUAGCUAUUUUUUUAUUUGAUAAUUCAUUCGUGUUCAGUACUUAUGAUACAAGUGACAAGGUAAAAACUAAGGAUAAGGCUGUAGUAUUAGAUGAGAAUAUGGAUGGAAUGUGGUAUUUUGUGAUGUUCUCGUAUAGCAGUCCUUUAAGAAAGGCUGUAGGAUAUGUUGCUAGCUAUGGAGAAGGGAAUGGAAUUUACAGAGUUGAAAUUGAUGCAACUCACAUUCCUCCUUCUUAUAUAAAAAUGAUAUUUGGAGGUAAACACAUGAAUUAUUAUGGAUUAAAUGGUUAAUUUGCUAAUAUAUUUUAUGAUAUUGAUGCUCCAGCAUUUAUUGAUGGGGAUGAUGCAUUAGAUGAAGUGCUUAAGACUUUGAGUAAUCCACCUUAGAAUGUUCCUGCAGUUAUUGAUGAGAAUAUAUUGACGAAACCAAAAUCUUUCAAUGGAAAUGAAUAGGGCGAGUCAUUCCAUUUUGAUCCACAAGAAUCAUAAUUAAUUAUUGAAGAAUAUGCUGUCGGAUUAUGGUUUAGAUGGAUCGAUGAUCUUAAAGUAGAUGAACCUAAUACAUUUUAAAUAGUUAAUUUAAGAUCAAACAAGAAUAAAGCUCCAGGAAAAGGAGUUUUAGGAGAUAGAGCAUUAGAAUUGCAUCAUACUUUCGGAGGAGGAGCAAAAUGUGCCAUUUAUUUUAACACUUACACAAUUAAAGGAAGUAAAGCAAAAGGAUAAUCAUAUUUAUCAAAGACAGUUGAAAGUUAAGAGUUUAUUUGGACUUACGUAUACUUUGGCUAUGAUAAUGAUGGUGGUAGAGCAUAUGGUGCUCUUAUCAAGCCAGGACAAGUAGGAGAAAUUUAAUUUAAAGGGAUCUAACAUAAAUUAGUAAAUAAUUUAAUGGUUACUCUUGGUGGCGAUGAUGUGAUAUCUCCAUUUAAUGGUAAGAUUGGAUAUGUUGGUAUUUAUUUGGGAACUGGAGCAUACAGAGAAGGACUAGACUUUGGAAUGACAUUCAACUAUGGAGAUGGAGUAAUGGCAGUUUAUUAAGUGGGUAAACCUGUGACAUAUGUUGGUGGAGACAUAACCUCUGCGAGAUAUGUUCAAUAUGAUUCUGCUGAAAAUGUUGUUGAUAAGAUUAUAAUUCACAAUGAUGAAGGCAUGAAGAUUAAUGGAUAAAGUGAAUAUGCAUUCGGAAUGUGGACUAGAUGGUUGAGCACAUUGCCCAAAUAUUUGAAUAAAAGAGCUCCAAUCCAUAAUAUAGCCAGAUUGGGAACUUAAGGGUAUGUGAUUGAUUCGGUUAAUGGAAAACUUGUGAGAUUAAAUGCUAACAGACCAACUACGCCGAAGGAUACAACUUUGUCUAUAGCACUAACAACCGAUUCUUACGAAUUUUAAACCUUAGAAGAGAAGGAAGAACUUCCAUUCACAGUAUUGGAAGGUCGCUGGCAUUAUGUUUACUUUGGAUACAAGAGACAUGUAGAUAAAGGAUUAGCCAAGGGAUAUGUUCAAAAUGGAGUUGAUGGGGAAGUAGAGGAAAUCAGCUUUGAUACAUAUCAUGACUUUUUAUUUGAAUAUGUAGAAUUCGUAAUUGGCAAAACUGCUGCUCCAUUAUUCAAUGGUGAAAUGGCUAGGAUUACUUUCUCCUUUGGACCAGGGUCGUUUAUUUCAACAACUGAUAUUUUGAAAUUAUAUACUCAAAAUUCUCUUCCAGAAAGUGCUUAUAUCCAUCCAAUUUCAAGACAAACAUUGUAAUUAGUUGGCGCUCCUCAAUAAAUUAAAGAAGAACCAAUCUAAUUCGAAUUCGAAAAGUAUCAAGGAGCUGAAGAAUAUGCAUUAUCAGGAUGGGUUAAAUGGAAUGGGCCUUUAAAAACCGGAAAAAUUGCUCAUCUUAUUACUAUGGCUUAAAAAAGAAUAGAUGAUUUGGAUGGCAAAAAUGAGGAAACUUUACAAAUUACAAGGGGAGAUCAAGCCUUUACUUUCAUUACUUACAAUCAAAAUGAAGAAGAGUAUAAAUUGGCUGCUCAUGAUGAAUAAUAUGGUGAAUAUGCAGAUCAAUGGACUUAUAUUUAUUAUGGAUUUUCUCAAUCAUUAAGAAAAACAUAUGGGUAUUUGAAGUACACAUUUACAGAGAGUGAAUUCAGAUAAGAAGAAGUAAAUCAUUUUUACUUAGCUGUGUUUUCAGUAUUAAUUUAAGAGAAACAAUAAUUCUCCAAAUUUAUAGGUUAAAUUAAGACAUGGGUGAUUAACGUUGGAGACGGCGCUUUUAGAGAAGGUGGCUUUGAUGAAAAUGAAAAUAUCAAAGUUCAUUUUGGAUUCAUUAGUGGAACAGAUCACAUCAAAUUAUAAUAAGCUGGUUAAGAAGCGCAUAAUGAAGAAACUAUCUUAGAGUGUUCAUCCCAAAAUAAAGAUGUUCCCUUAAAGAUUGAAUUUGAACAAAGUGAUAAAUUACAUUUACAUGGUGUCAGUGAAUAUGGUUAUGGUUAUUGGGUUAAAUUUUAAUACUUCUCAAAUAAAAAUACAAUUUACAGCAGACCACAAUUAAUGGGAUUGAGCAGAUUAACAACUAAUAGAGAUUACAAAGAUUUUGAUGCCCCAGGAGACAGAGUGCUUUUAAUUUUAUUAGGAAAGUCCUCAUAUCAUUUUGCAACAUAUGAUGUCAUUACAAAAUCAAAUAAUGUUGCAGGAGAUAUUCCCUAUUAAAUUGAAUCUGAAAGUGAAUGGACCUAUCUCUAUUUCAGUUAUAAACGUAUCUCAUAAACGCAAGGACAUGCAAUGGCAUUCUCCAAUUUUAAAUAAAUUACUUCUGGAAUUUAGAUGGAUGUUAUGCAUUCAUUAUUAAACGAUUAUUUGUAAUUAAUUAUAGGUAAUGCAGGAAAAUAUUAUUCAACAUUCAAUGGUCAAAUCACAACAAUUCGUUUCAAUUUGGGACCUGGAUCUUAUGUUGACUCGAAAUAAGGUUUGUUACAAAGGAUAAAAAAUAAGGACACUAUUCCAGAUACUCUAUCACCAACAAAGAAUUAUGAAGUUUUGAUAGGAAAGCAUGAUGUUGCUACAAUCGAAGAAGAACACCAUAUCACCCAUAUAAAUGAAGAGGCUAGAGAGUACAGCAUCUAAUUGUGGUUUAGAUGGUUCAAAUAGUCAGUCAAAACACAAUAAUUGAUAUAUAGAUUCACAUCCACCAAUCCUGACAGCUUAGCAGAUGCAUAAAAAAUAGGAGAUAGGACUUUGGCUCUAUUUCAUACAGAUGGCAUAGAGUUCAGUACUUACAGUUUAAACCCAUUUUCUUUAUCAAAUUCAUAUGAAGCUUAGAUUCCAUCAUAGUAAUUGGAGGUAUGGACUUUUGUGUACUUUGGAUAUUCAAAGCAUAAUGAGAAAGUUAGUUAUUAUUUAUAGGCUGAUGAAGAAGAGCAUUAAGGAUUAGAAGUUGCUUUGCAUGCAGUUUCAUCUAACUAUUGGUUAUUUUUAACAAGGGAUGCUUUGAUCAAACCCUUUGAUAGUAGACUUGCCUAAGUUAUUUUAAAUAUAGGGGAUGGCAGUUAUAGAGAAGACAAUUUUCAUACUCUUUCAGUUUAUUUGGCAGCACCAAAAUUAUUUAGUUCUGAUAGUAAAUUUGAUUGGGAAGCAGAUGAUACAAUAACAUUGGUAUCAAGUGACCCUGAUAAAUUGGGAUAGAAAAUUACAUUUGCUGAACCAGACAGAUAAAUAGAGAGCGUUUAAGAAUACUCAGUUGGUUUAUGGGCAAGAUAUUUAUAAGCUUGGCCAGAGAGAUAGUGGCAUACUCCAACAGAGAUGUAAAUUUUCAGACUCACAUAUAAUGAUGAAAGAGAUAGUGGUAGAAUUGCAAUUGGAGACAGGGUUUUGAGUGCUUAUGUUAUUCUAGAUAAUUAUUUAUUUGGUACGUAUGAUUUAAAUGAUGAUGCUCCAAAUGAAAUCAGCACUAUACCCUAUUCAAACCUAGAAGGUAAAUGGCACUACAUCUAUGUUGGUUAUAAGAGGUAGUUGUAGUAAGCGAAUUAUUUUGUUUUCAAUGGUGAGGAGAUUAAGUAUGCUACAAAUGAGAAAUUAUUGCAUAAACCACUUGGAGAUUAUGUAAAUUUGAUUUUAGGAGGAGAAAAUGAAAUAUCUCCAUUCUAAGGUUUAUUGACAUAAAUAGCUGCUCAUUUUGGAGUUGGAUCAUUUAUAAAUGACGGCGAAGAACUAUUAAAAUCAAUUGACUCUAGUUUUGCCUUGCCUUAAGAAUUGACAGUAGAAUACAUUCACAAACAGAAACAUGGUUAAUAAUAGUUGAUUGGAGAAGGGGACAAUAAUGAAGGUAGUGAAAGCACUGGAGACACUUGGAGUGGAGUGGGUGAAUAUGCUAUAUCUGGUUGGUUUAAGAUCUCAGAAACUUAAGUAAAAAAAGAAGGAGAGAUAAACUCUAAUUGUUAAAUAUUGUUUAGAAUAACUAAUAAUGAUAAAGAGCAUUUGAAUGAUCGUAAAUUAUAAGGAGAUCGAGCAUUACAUGCUUAGAUAUGUGCAGGUGAUACAAUUAAAUUGAGUACCUACACUCUUAAAGGACUUAAAGAUUGGAAUGAGGCGAAAUUCCUGGAGGAAAAGGUUGAACUUAUUGAAUCAAAAAAGGCUUGGUCGUAUAUUUAUAUGGCUUAUAAUGAAGAUGCAGGUCAGAUUCACACAUUGUUGCAUCUAUUUGCAGAAGACAAACCAGUCAUUUUUAAUGGAGUCUAGCAUUUUGUGCCUCAUUUCAUUGGUAUUUAUGUUGGGAAGGAUCCACAUUCAAGAAAAUUCCAAGGUGAUCUUUAAAAAUGGGUUGCUUAAUAUGGAUAAGGUGCAUUUGUGGAUGUUUUAAAGAAAGGAUAUUAAGACCAUUUACCUAACUUUAGACACAUUCAGAUCAAUCAAAAACAUCUAUGGUCUGAAAAAGAGAGUCACAUUAUCCAAACCCCUGAAAAAUUAGAAGUAACCUUUACAGAAGAGACAGAAUCUGUUGAUGAAUAUGCUGUAGGUGUCUGGACAAGAUGGCUGAUUGCAUUCCCUACCACAUUAAUUGACAGAUCGGAUGUGCAUACAAUAUUUAGGUUCUCAAAUAAAAGAUAAUACUAAGAUAAGAGUGAAUUAGGAAAUAGAGUUUUAUCAGCAUUUCUUACUUAUGGAAAUUAUGAGUUCAGUACUUAUGAUGCAUCUAAACCAGCAAAUGCUGUUGAUGGUUAAUUGCCAUAUGAGAACAUUGAAGGAGAAUGGACCUAUGUUUAUGCUGCAUAUAAAAAUAAAUAGUUCUAUGGAAUGAUAUUGUUUAAAGAACAAUAGAAGGCAGCUCAUCUCACUUUAGAUGUCACCCAUUAGGUGUUGACUGGAUAUGCACAUUUUGUAUUGGGAGCAAGUGAAUUCGGUUACAAAGCAUUUCAUGGCUGGUAUUUUGAUCCAAGGAUUUUCUUAGGUUCUGGUAGCUUCAUCAAUGACUCACAAAAAGUAGUUGAGAUGAUACAUAAAUUACAUCGCUCACUACCUGUUUUUCCACAACAAGCUGAUGAUUUUGUAUGGCCUGUUUCUAUGAUGGAUACAACCAAUUGGGAGGAUAUGGAUACUAAAAAGGAUAAACUCAAUUAUGAAUUCGCUGAUAGGUCUUAGGUUCAUUCAUAUAGCUUUGGUUUUUGGUAUCAAACAGCUGUUUUAUUACCUGAAAUGGAAAAUGAUUUUAGAGGAUUAGUGAGAUUAACUACUAAUAGUCAAGAUAUAGCAGGGGAUGAAAAAUUCAUAGGAGAUCGCACACUUGCUGUUUUUACAAAAACUGAUGAAUUGUUGGCCAGUACAUACACUAUAAAGGAUCCUUUAUUUGAACCAGUUUCCCAUUCAUUUGAAUUAAUAAAAAACCAAUGGACAUUUGUUUACUUUGGAUACGAAAAAGGUCAUGCAAGGGGGCAUACGUUUUAUUGCCAGAAGGACCUCAAGAAAAAAGAGCUUUCUGUACAACAUAUCAUACCUAAUGAAUUCUAUUUACAUAUCAUCAAUGACAUUGGUCAUCCUUCAUUUUGGGGUAAAAUUUAUGGAUUGAAAGUCAAUUUUGGUUAAGGAAGUUAUCUAGAAAAUCCAUUAGAACUUAUAGAGAAAUGGCCAUAUGAUCCAAAAUAACAUCGAGACUAUGAUAAGUAAGGCUAAAAGACAUUAUCUAUUAAUUCUGCUAAAGUUUCAAAAAUGAGCUUAUAAAUAACUUAUGAAAUAAUUAAAUUUAAUUAAUAAUUUUACGUGUUCAAUAAUGGAAGAACAAGAACUCAAUAGUAAUAGCCAAUCAAUCGAGAACCUGAAUAACCUAUAUAAUAGCCUCCUGUGCAAUAAAGAUAAGCAAAUGCAUACUAAUAGCCAUAACAAGAUAAUCAUUAAUAAUAAUACAAUGCAUAAUAAUAAUAACAUGCAGGUCAAUAAUAAUACCAACAAUAACAACCACAUUAACCUUAAUAAAUAUUUCCCCAAUAAUAGGUAGAGUAGUAGCGAAAACCAUCAAAAAUAGAUGUUGAUUAGAUUCCUAGACCAUAUGUAAAGUCAGAGGAAUCUAUCCUGUUCUCAACAGCUCCUGCCCCUUUAUAUCACCCUCCUUCUGUGCAUCAAUUUUAUUAGACUUUUGAUGAAGGAAAUUGCGGUCCUAGAUAUAUGAGAAGUUCAGUAUAUGCAAUAGGAAAUGAGCCCUCUAUUCUACAAUAAACAGAGAUUCCAUUUGGUAUCGUUGUUUAGCCACUAAUGGAACCAUCUCUUUUUGAAUCAGAAUUGCCUUAAGUAGAAUUUACGAGUGAACCAUUGCGUUGCUAGAGAUGUAAAGCAUAUGUUAGUCCUUACUUUUAAUUUGGUUAAGGAGGUAAUAUCUAUGUGUGCAACAUUUGUAAAAUGAAGAAUUAGGUGCCACCUGAUUAUUAUUGUGUGUUGGGUUAGGGAAACUAAAGAGGUGAUAAAUUUUAAAGAGAUGAGUUAAAUAAAGCCCCUACUAGUUAUAUAAAAAAGGAGAUUAAGAACACUUUGAUAUUGUUCUGUAUAGAGUUGACUCAAAUAUCAGUGGCUAAGGGUUUGUACUCCUAAGUGAUUUCCUCUCUUCAAUCAAUUUUGGAUACCAUUCCAUAUCCAGAUAAAACAGACGUUGCAUUUAUAACAUUUGAUUCAAAAAUUUAAUUUUAUAACAUUCCUAAAACCUUAACUGGAGAACCUUAAAUAAUAGUAGUUAGUGAAAUUGAUGAAGCUAAUGUGCCACUUCCACCAGAGAAGCUAUUCUUAAACAUAGAGAAUGACAGAGAUAAAAUUGAUUAUAUGUUAGAGAAGCUCAGUAAGUUUGGGGAAACCAUUACUCAAUAGGCAAAUUAACUUGUUUCUGUUGGAACAGUGUUAUCAAAUGCAGUCUAAUUGAUGUAACCCAGAAGUGGACGUAUAUUGUAUUUUGGAUGUUCAGCACCGAGAUAUGGAAUAGGCAAACUACCAUAAAAACCAACUGACACUAAAUUAUUCGGUACUGAUUAAGAGAAGUUGUUUUAUUAACCUAACGAUCAAGCUUAUGUGAAGUUAGGACAAACAUGUCUCAGGAAUCACAUCUCAGUUGACUUAUUUGUAGCGAACGAUGAAAAUUUUGAAUUAGCUACUGUCUCUCCAGUUUCAAAUUUAACUGGGGGCAGCAUUUAUUUUUACCCUCAUUACAACUAAUAAAUUAAUGGAACAGAAUUACAUUAUGCAUUAUAUAGGAACCUUACAAGGUCUUAUGCUUAUGAUCUCAUCAUGACUGUCAGAACUUCUCCAGGAAUUAUAUUGUUUGAUUAUUAUACUGGAGGUGGAAAAAUAUCUGUUAGAGAUUUGGAAUUGUCUACUCUAAAUUCAGAUCAAUCCAUUGCUAUUAUGUUGAAGUAAGAGGAAAAGAUAUUGGAUCCUGAAGCCUAUAUCUAAUAUGCAUUAUUAUUCACUAAUUAAUAAGGACAGAGAGUGAUUCGAGUGUUCAAUUUACAAUUGUAAGUUGUUAAUAAAAACAGUGGAAACAAUGCAUGGCACAACAUUUUCAAAACUGGAGAUGUCGAUUGCAUUGCUACCUUACUAAGCAGGAAGAAUCUACCAAACAUCAUGGUUCAACCGAUUAAACAAAUUAGACAAACUCUAUUCGAGUCAGUUGUCAAUAUCUUACAUGCUUAUCGAAAAUAUUGCUCGAGCAAUAGUCCUUCAGGAUAGCUGAUUUUACCAGAAGCCAUUAAAAUCUUACCUCUUUAUUUAUAAACUCUAUCAAAGCGUGAUCUACUGAAAUACGGAAAUGUGAGAAUAGAUAAUAGAAUCUUUGAAAUUCAUUUAGUUUUGACUCAAUCAAUGCAUUUUCUAAAUAAUUUCUUUUAUCCUAAACUGUUCCCAAUUCAUGACAUUAAUAAUUAACUUGUGGCUGACAAAUAUUAUGUGGGUACUAUGACUGACGAAGAAAAGACAGCAUUGCCACACAAUAUUGCCACCACAAUCGAUAAAAUAAAAUCAGACGGAAUUUACCUCUUAGAUACAAGCUAAUUCAUAUAUAUUUAUGUCGGAUAGAAUGCAGAUUAAUAAUUAUUAUAGAAUCUAUUUGGAGUGAACUCUUUUGCAGAACUAAACUCGAUAGAAUUAUUUACAAAAAUUGAGACUGAUUACAGCACCAAAGUCUAAAAUAUCAUCGAAUCAUUACAGUAGAUCAGAGGUGGCACUUAUGUUCCUGUAAGAGUUGUUCGCUAGAAUUCUCCAUAGGCUUCUUUAGUACAAUCAAAAUUGGUUGAGGACGAAUAGCAACUUGAAAAAUCAUAUGCUGACUAUCUUUGUGAAUUGCAUGGAGCUAUCUAAAAUAAAGGAGGUGUGUGA